AUGCAAGGCAUCCGAGAGAUUGCUUUGGCAAACAUUGUUGGUAACGUUAAUGAAGUUUUAUGGCUAGUUUUCGUUGAUGAUUCACGUCCUUAUAAAGUUAAAGCAAAGAAAGAACUUGAUGAUAGUAUUAAAAUAAUCAAGAACAUGUUACUUUUAAGAUCGGAUGGAGAAGAGGGAAUUGAUAAUACCGAAUAUGGAAGUUUUUGGUGUUGUUAG